AUGAAAAGCCGGGUUUGUGUAGGUCCACCGGGUUCGGGUAAAGGUACCCAAUCAUCCAUCAUCAAGGACGAGUACCGCCUCUUUCAUAUUUCGACAGGGGAUAUGUUGAGAUCGAAAGGCGAUGAAUUUUUGUCCUCAAUGUCAAAGGGAGAGUUUGAAUCCGACGAGUUAGUGAUUGGACUAGUUGAGGAAGCUUUGGACACGCCUUCGUGUCAAAAUGGCUUCAUUUUGGACGGCUUCCCAAGGAACACGGCUCAAGCCGAAAAGCUCGACGAGAUUCUUGAGAGGAGAGGAGCUAAGAUUGAUAUGGUGAUUAGUUUCGAAGCAAGUGAUUCGGUUUUGGAGGAGAGGAUUACGGGACGUAGGAUUCACAUUCCAAGCGGUAGGAUCUAUCAUACCAAAUCUUCACCUCCUCAAGUUGAUGGAAUUGAUGAUGUUACUGGGGAGGCUUUAAUCCAACGGAAGGACGACACUCGUGAGGUUUUCAAAUCAAGGCUCGAAAAAUUUCACCGACAAACCAAACCUGUGAUAGAUUACUAUGAAAGGAGAGGCAUCGUUGCACAUAUCCCGGCAGAGAAACCACCGGAAGAGAUUGUGGAGACGAUUCGCGAAUUCCUGUAA